AUGGAGAAUGAUUUUAAGACUGAGUUAGCAUCAUCUGUCUUCACUCUUCAAAGUUCUUCAGAGACAUUGUUUUCUAUUCAGCUAUUAGAUUUCAAAACAAGUUUACUGGAAGCAUUAGAAGAAUUACGUAUGAGAAGGGAAGCAGAAGCUCAGUAUGAAGAGCAGAUUGGUAAAAUUAUUAUGGAGACACAAGAACUUAAAUGGCAAAAGGAAACUCUUCAGAAUCAAAAGGAAACAUUAACAAAGCAACACAAAGAAGCAAUGGCAGUUUUUAAAAAGCAGUUGCAAAUGAAGAUGUGUGCCUUGGAAGAAGAAAAGGGAAAAUAUCAACUUGCUACAGAAAUAAAAGAAAAAGAAAUAGAAGGAUUGAAGGAAACAUUAAAGGCAUUACAGGUUUCUAAAUAUUCUUUACAGAAGAAAGUGAGUGAAAUGGAACAAAAAGUCCAGUUACAUUUUCUGGCUAAAGAAGAUCAUCAGAAGCAACUGAAUGAAAUUGAGAAAUACUAUGCUACAAUAACAGGUCAAUUUGGAUUAGUAAAAGAGAAUCAUGAAAAGUUAGAGCAAAAUGUACAAGAAGCAAUACAGUUAAACAAAAGACUUUCAGCUUUAAAUAAAAAACAAGAAUCUGAAAUACACAGUUUAAAGAAGGAACUUAAAAAAGUAACCUCAGACUUGAUAAAGACCAAGGUCACAUGUCAACAACAUAAGAUGGGAGAAGAAAACAUCAAUUUAACAAUUAAAGAACAAAAAUUUCAAGAACUUCAAGAAAGACUCAAAAUGGAAUUGGAAUUAAAUAAGAAGAUUAAUGAAGAGAUUACCCAUAUUCAAGAAGAAAAACAGGGCAUCAUCAUUUCUUUCCAACAAUUGCAGCAGUUACUUCAGCAACAGACUCAAGCUAAUACUAAAAUGGAAGAAGAAUUGAAGGUGCUAAAAGAAAAUAAUCAGACCCUUGAAAGAGAUAAUGAGCUGCAAAGGGAGAAGGUGAAAGAAAAUGAAGAAAAGUUCCUUAGUCUUCAAAACAAGCAUGAGCAAGCACUAGAAACUUGGAAAAAGCAUGUUGAAGAACUUAAUGGAGAAAUUAAUGAGAUUAAAAAUGAGUUAUCAUCACUUAAAGAAACUCAUACUAAGUUACAAGAACAUUAUGACGAAUUAUGCGAUCAGAAAAAGUUUGAGGAAGACAAGAAGUUUCAGAACCUUCCAGAAGUAAAUACUGAAAUGUCAGUGGAAAAAUCAGAAAACACUAUCAUACAGAAAUAUAAUUCCAGGCAAGAAGUAAGGGAAGAAAAUACUGAGAGUUGUUGUUUAGACACUGAAUACAGAGAAAAGGAGGAAAAGAAAGAAGCCCCAUUUAUAGAAGAAAUCACUAUAGACUUACAACCUUUUGAAAAAAGCCCCAAGAAGAAAAUUAAUACUAUUGUACCUCAGAAUGAAAAUCAAAGUGAAAUCUCCCUAAGCAAAACCCUCAGCAUAGAAAAAGAAUUAAUCAGUCAAGGACAAACCUUGGAUGUUACUGACUUUACAAAAGUGGUUACUACAGAAAUACAAGACAAGGUGGACUUGGAAAAAGAUAAUGGGUGUACAGAAUUUAAAUCACCAAAUAUUUCUUUUUUAGUGGCAGAUAUAUCAAUAGAAAGAGAAAAGAUACAUCCAGAAAGAACUGAAGGAUUAGAUCAUCACCAUGCAGAUGUACACCUGGGGGUUGAAAAUAACAGAACAUCAUUUAACAGUAUUUUAGAUGAGAUGGCUUGCAAUACAAAUCGUGAAAAAGAUGUUUCUGAAGAUGAACCAUUCAAACAACAAUUCAGAUUGCUUCCAGGGACUCAAGAAAAUGACACGGAGAAGGAAAUUACAAAUAGUUGCCAAACCAAAGCAGAUUUGGAUUCAUCUCUAGAUGUAAAAAGGAAUCUUGUCCAGUGUCAGAAAUACAAUUUACCGGAUUCAAGGAAUGUUAUGUUAGAUGAUAAACAAUGUAAAAUAAGACAAAUACAACUGUUAAAUAAAAAAAGUGAAUGUAGCGUAUUGCCAUUUAAAGAAAUUUCAGAUUUUCGGCAAGUUGGUGAUGAUACUUCAGAGCAACCUGAACUAACUAUUCCCUGUGAUAUAGCAAUCAACCGCCCCAUUUCUUCUGCUGUUUUCAGUGACAAUUUGAACGUACUUUUAAAGAAUUCAGAUAAAAAUGUUAAUAUUAUGCCUGUGUUGGUGACACCCAACUCAAGCCCUGUGAAAAGAACUAUAUAUAGGAAAAAUGUGAAUGAUAUGCAUAACAGUCAAGUUAAGAACUGUUUGGGGUAUCUAGAAGACAAUGUGACUGUUUCCCAUCUUCAGACUAACAAUGAGAAUGUAGAUGCUUCACAAGCCAAAGAUAUGAAAACUGCUAUUCAUGUGAAAACUUCCACAGAAAUACAGUUUUCCAGUAAAGAGAGUCAGAUUGAUGAGAAUCAGAGAACUGAAGUAAAAAAAAAUGACCUCUUCCCUAAUGAAAGACAGCAUACAUUGUUAAAUAGUACAGAGAAAACAGAGUCAUUAAAUGACAUUGUUUCAGGAAAAAUUUACAGUGAAGGACAGCUGGAAGAAUCAUGUCCAUUUCACAUAAAGCCAUCUGGAGAUUUAGUAAACAGAAGUGGAAGGUCAGCCUUUGAUCUUUCAACUUCAGAUAAAAAAACUGAGAAAACUCUAGUAUAUGUGAAUUUUUUAGACCCCAGUUCCUGGCCAAAAGUAAAUCAAAUUGAAAGUCAAACAGUGAGCACUUCAACAUCUAGCAUUCCUUUGUUGCUGAAGAAGAGACCAAUAGGUCUAUUAGAAAACAAAAAGAUGGUUUCGUUGACACCUUGUAAAAAUGUUGGUGUGGAUGAUGACGGGAAGGAUAGCGGACCAGAUAGUACCAGCAUUAACAGAGUUGCUGACAUUUUGAAUAACUCGAGUAUUCAUCCAGAUCCCAGGAGAGAGCCCAGUGAAGAGAGGAAUGCAAUUGCAAAGACUUUUUGUGAUUCUUCUUUUCCCACAGAACACGUGAAAACAAAGCCUCUGAAAUCAACCCUGCCACAAAGCCAUUUUCAGGAAAUCAAGAUCAAAACCAGUGGUUUGGCUGUGUCUUCUACUGGUGAAGAUGACUGGCAGAGCUUGGUAACAAAUCAAAUAAAUGAAAUUGAAAAGUUUCUAAGCUCCGAAAAUGACAACCUACCUAAAAAAAGAAAAGCAGAAGAGAUGGUAGGAAAAACGGAUUAAAAUAAUGUUGAUAAAUGCUUUCAGUGGUGAACUGACUUAAUUGAAAUAUUGAUGUGGUUUAGACCAGAACACGACUGUUACAUCUAAAACUUUAUAGCUGUAGUCAGUUUUCCAACUUUUUCUGUGAUGAAACUGUGUUACUGUUAACGUUUUCUCUCAGUAAAUGCUUCAUUUAAGAUAGCGAAGAUUGCAAGGUUUGAUGUUAGCAUUCAGUUUCCCUUAAUUAAAUGUGUCUUUCCUCCAUAUACUCUUUCAUCAAAGCUCUUGCUGCACACUCCAAAACCCUUCCUUACAGAAUACACUUAUGUGUUAUACAAAACAGACGUAGUGACCCUUUGUAAUCUAUUGCUUUGUACGCCCUGAAGAUUGUGAUUUCUUUUAAAUUUGAGACAAUAACUAUCCAGACUAUAGUCAGAUUUCAGGCUAUAAUGUUUUACUAUGAUUUAGAUUUUCCAAAAAGAACAAAAUUAUAUAGCAUAAAAAUUCAGGUAUCUGAAAGACUCAAAAGGCUGUUUUUCACUUUGUUCAAGUUUUGUUUCCAGGCAUUAAGUGUGUCAUAGAGUUGUUGCCAUUGUUGUUUUCCAAAUGUCCGAUGUGUGCUAUGACUGGAAAAAUUAAAAACAA